AUGUCAUCGGGACAUCGGUUUAAUCCCAAUGCCAAUGUGUUCGUCCCCAAUGCUAAUGCGAGGCCGUUUGUGCCCGGAGGCGCUCCUCCUGUACCCGUUCAACCUGAGCCCGAACCUAUGGAAGAAAUUCCAGCUUGUAAGUGUCAUUAAUUUGUUUCUUUUAUUUUUAGCGUGGGAUGAUGGACCAGCAGAAGAAACUCCCAGUCCUCCAACUCCUGAACCAUCAAAACCAGUCGCGCCACCGGCCGAAUUUAAGAAAGAGGAAACACCAAAGGUUGAAAAAGUAGGUUGUCUUGCUUUGUGAUAAGUUUCUUAAGAUUAAAGAGGAGAAAGUCGAGCAACCAGUAGAACCUGUCGUGUUCAAGCAAAAGUACACUGUGGGUAAGUCUAAAAUACGAUUAUUUUUUACCAAUUUCAGAUGAAAACCGAAAAGAGCACGUUAACAUCGUGUUCGUCGGUCAUGUCGACGCCGGCAAAUCAACGAUUGGGGGUCAACUUAUGUAUCUGACAGGAAUGGUUGAUAAACGAACGCUAGAAAAAUAUGAAAGAGAAGCCAAGGAGAAAGGCCGAGAAAGCUGGUACGUGCUGUUUCUGCUAAUUAAAACUCUGCAACAUUUAGGUAUUUGUCGUGGGCUUUGGAUACCAACGAUGAAGAACGGGAAAAGGGAAAGACUGUGGAAGUUGGACGUGCAUACUUUACUACUGAGAGAAAACAUUUUACGAUUCUUGAUGCCCCCGGCCACAAAUCUUUUGUCCCCAACAUGAUCAGUGGGGCCACUCAGGCAGAUCUGGCAGUUCUGGUAUGACUUUUCUAUUAUUACGUUAUGUUUUUAAAAGAAUUCGUAAAUAAAUUUGUUUUAGGUAAUCAGUGCCCGAAAAGGAGAAUUUGAAACCGGAUUCGACAGAGGGGGCCAAACAAACGAACACGCCAUGCUGGUAAAGACUGCUGGUGUCAAGCAUUUGAUCAUUUUGGUUAACAAGAUGGAUGAUCCAACUGUAGAAUGGGACGAAGGGCGCUAUAAAUAUAUCCAAGAUAAACUUACCCCAUACCUUAAAAAGGUCGGGUUCAACCCAAAAACCGAUGUUACCUACAUUCCAUGUUCAGGAUUAUACGGCCAUUUCCUAAAGGAAAGGCCUCCAGCUGGCUUAGGUGAUUGGUACACGUAAGUUUCGGGUUUUAUUUGGAAAUGAUAUAACGUUUUUAGCGGUCCCUGUUUCCUCGAAUACAUUGACAGUUUUCUUCCAGCAAUCUCCCGCGAUUUCAACGGCCCUGCGCGAUGUAUCGUUGCUGAAAAGUUUUCUGUAAGCGAGUUAUGUAUUUACAAAACCUUUUCGUUUCUUUCAGGACAUGGGAACAAUUAUUAUUGGUAAAUUAGAGUCCGGAAUCAUUGUUAAAGGUCAAAAUGUUCUCCUUAUGCCUAAUAGAGUAGGUGCAGUAUGUAUGGAAGUAUGAACGAUUUAGGUUAUUUGUCAAGUGAUUCAGUCAUGGUGCGAUGAUAACGAGAUUGAUCAGCUUUAUGCUGGAGAUAACAUAAAAUUGAAGUUGAAAGGUGUUGAAGAAGCUGAUGUACUUCCUGGGUUUGUUGUAUGUUCACCAGAAGUACCCUGCAAAGUUGGAAAGGUCUUUGAUGCGGAAGUUAUGAUUCUAGACUACAAAUCAAUCAUUGCUCCUGGCUAUGGUUGUGUUCUUCAUAUCCAUGCAGCAAUUGAGGAAGUCACGCUAAAGGUAAACCUAAAGUUUUACUUGGUUUAUUAGGCUUUUAGACAGUUAUCUGCACCAUCGAUAAGAAAACCGGUGCCAAAACGAGAGCCAAAUUCGUCAAACAGAAUGACAAAUGCAUUCUCCGGUUAGAGAGCCAAGAACCUUUCUGUUUGGAGAUCUUUAAGGAUUUCCCACAAAUGGGACGUUUCACCUUGAGGGACGAAGGAAAGACUAUUGCAAUUGGAAAGGUGGUGAAAGUAGUCGAAUAAAGUGCCUACAGGAGGCUGAGGUCAAGUGUCAUUCUUGGUUACUAAGUUAUUUGUAUCGAGUUUCUUCGAGAGAAUUGUCAGCUAUCUUGGAUUAAAGCUCCAGAGGAGCCUUUUGGUUAUAUUGUUGUUUUUGACACUUGGUUUUGACUAAUAAAUGUCUAAUUUAUAACGUGGUUGAGUUUUUGGAGCUUAGUGUUAAUUUCAUAAUGAUAUUUUAUAGUUGGAAGUGAGUUAUAUUUCGUUUUAGAUGUCUAACAAAAACGGUACGGCGAAGUCUGACACUCGAGAGAAAGUUAAAUUACCACCUGGGAAGGAUCCAAAGUGGUGGGAUAUAUCAACCUUUUCGAAGGAUGAUAAUCCUCAUGGAUGUUUAGUGGAAAGUUCAUUUGCUACUUUAUUCCCCAAGUACAGAGAGAAGUACAUCAGGGAAGUUUGGCCUCUCAUCGAAAAAGUCUUGGCGGAACAUGAACUUAAAGGUGAUCUGGAUCUUUUGGAGGGAACUGUGACCGUGAAGACGACAAGGAAGACCUGGGAUCCAUUCAUAUUGUUCAAGGCAAGGGAUAUGGUCAAACUAAUGGCCAGAAGUGUUCCAUUUGAGCAAGCAUCUAGAGUACUUCAAGACGACAUCUCUUCAGAGCUGAUAAAGAUCGCGGGGAUGGUCAGGAACAAGGCGAGAUUUGUGAAACGAAGGGCCAGAUUAGUGGGGGAGAAUGGGUCUACCCUCAAAGCUAUCGAAUUGCUAACACAGUGCUAUAUUUCUAUUCAAGGCAGUACCGUCGCCGCUGUCGGGCCGCAUGAAGGAUUAAAAACCGUCAGGUAAUUCGCUUUUAUUAGAUUUUUCUUACUGUCUUCCAUAAAAUAUUGUUUAGGAAAUUAGUUGAAGACACAAUGAAGAACAUCCAUCCGAUCUACGAAAUAAAAUCUCUAAUGUUAAAAAGGGAACUGAUGAAGAAUGAUAAACUUAAAGACGAGAACUGGAGCAGAUUCAUUCCACCGACCAAGAAAAGAGUAAGCCAGUUUUAUUAGAACCAGUUUAUCAUAAUUUAGACACAAACGGCGCAAGAAACUAAGAAAAUUAAAAAGGCCAAGAAUGCUAAAUGGAAGCAAAAGAGUGAGUACAAUCCAUUCCCACCAGCACAACAACCUUCGAAGGUGGAUAAAAUGCUGGAAUCUGGAGAGUAUUUUGUUCGAGAAGAGGUUAGGAAGAAGAAGAAUGAAGUAGAACGGAUUCAAAGGCAGACCGAGAAAACCAAGGAGAAGUCUAGGAAAAGACAAGCCGAGUUGGUUGCACCAGAAGAAGCUCCUCGGGCCAAGAAAACGGUCAAACCAAAACAACAACAAGUGGAUUUGGAUAGACUGAGGAAGAAGAUACAGAAGAAGGCAUAG